UAAUAACGUAAAUCAUAUGUUGGAUAAUUUUCUCAUUUCCCUUUCGAGCCAAAUGCACUAACACUUUAUCUUCAGGAAUGCACUAACACUUGACCCUUUUAACUUGAACUUGAGAUUUUCUCCGGCGACCCUUUUUAUUUCCGGUUAAAUCCCCGCCGGAACCACUUUUUCGUUUUGGCUUGCGUUCUUGGAUAUAAAGAUUUACAGAUUAUCCUAACAUCGAUUGAAAUCAUUAUCCGUCCUAAUCUCCGGCGACCCUUUUUGCUCCGGUCAAAUUCCCGCCGGAAAAUCUUAAACUCGUGUUUUAUUUGAUUUUCACUUUGAAACUUUUUCCAAGACUUCCCAUAAAAUCUGAUUUGCACUUGCUGAUAGCGUUAACCACUGCUCGGCCGCCGGCAACGAACUUCCAUACUUGCUCAUAGCAUUUAUUUUAAGCUUUGUGGAUUCUGACGUCUUUUAAAUUUUAAUUUUUCUUUCAUAUUUUUUAAUUUUCUUUCGAUCUCUGAGUUUGAUAGUUGCGUCAAAUUUUGCUUGAUUACCACUUUUUCGUUUUGGCUUGCGUUCUUGGAUACAAAAAUUUACAGAUUAUUGUAACAUCGAUUGAAAUCAUUAUCCGUCCUAAUCUCCGACGAACCUUUUUACUCUGGUCAAAUUCGGAAAAUCUUAAAUUCGUGUUUUAUUGACAGCUCAAAAUAUUUUGAUUUUAACCGCCAAUUUUUUCACAAUUUUGUUUACUUUAAGAGAUUCCAAAAUCUUUGACAUCACUUAUUGUGUAAACAAUUUUUACAAAUAUUAAUAAUUCAAUUUCUGAACUUUGAAUUUGUUAGAAUAUUCUUCUCGCAUUCGAGCAAGAAUAUCCGAGUUUCUUCGAUUCAUUUAUGCAUUCGAGAACUCCUCGCCGGUAUCUUUGUGUGUUUUGCAGGUAUCACUUUUGUGGCUAUUUGGCGGCGGUAAGGAGGUGCACACGCACAAACAGUAGAGCAGCAGCUAUACGUCGGGUUCCGCAGCAUUGGGAGUAUACCAAGUCGAAAGUUCUAGGUUCUAUUCGCGGGAAUUGACUUACACAAGAGAAUUAUCAGUGAAGAACCUGGUUCAUCAAGAUAACACGGUCGACCUAGCAGCUGCUGGUCAGCAACUGAAGAGUGCUGAUGUUGCUGUUCAUAAUUCGACACUGCGGUGUGGUAUUUGUAACAAGAGGUGCUAUGACGAGACUGCUAUGGCAGCACAUCUUAACGGGAGAAAGCAUAUGGCCAAAGUUCAAAAAACAAUGAGUUCGAAGGUUGUGGCAGAGAGGAAUCUUGAAGAGAAAGGAUCUGAUGUUUCCGAGAAACUUGUUACAAACAAGGUCAAACAUUUGAAGGUAAAUGUUAUUCGGAUUGAGAAUAAUACGAAAGGACUACUAGAAAGGCCAAAGCAACUGAAGAGUGCUGAUGUUGCUGCUCAUAAUUCUACGCUAUGGUGUGGUACUUGUAACAAGAGGUACUCUGGCGAGAUUGCUAUGGCUGCACAUCUUAACGGGAGAAAUGAGUUCUAAGGCUGUGGCAGGGAGCUAUCUCGAAGAGACUAGAUUUGAUGUCCCUGAGAAACUUAUUGCAAACAAGUCCAAAGAUUAUAGUCUGGAUCAUCACACGGAAGAGAUCAAGACUACUGAUACUAGCAAUAAAGCAGGAAUGCUCACUGCUAACCAGAAUUGAGUGUGAAGAUGGUGGUCCUGUUUGGGAAGAUAUCAAAGCAAUAGAACAAAUGGCAAAACAUGAAGCAGCUGAGCCAAAACAGGUUAAAAAUUUGAAGGUGAAUCUAAUUCAGAUUGCGAAUAAUACGACAGGUUUGCUAGUCAAGGAAGCGGCAGUUCCAGAAGAGAUUAAACUACGAGAGACUAUUUCUUCAAAGGAAGUUGAGACAGAGUGGGCUUGUGCAGAAUGCCAAUUGACAACCACCUCGGAGCAUCACUUCACGUCCCGUCUUAACAGAAGGAGACACAGGGAAAAGUCUAAAGCGCUGAAAACUUGCAAGCACACGGCCAAGAGCGAAGGAGACCUGCCUGUUGCAACAAAAAAUUAAAAGCAGGAGCUAGUAAAACAUGUAGCUGCAGCACCAUUAGCGCACAGUACUACUGAAAUAUUGGUGUCCAGUUCAUGAACUCAGUUUGAGAAUAUGAUGGAAUUAGUUCACGAAGUUACGGAAAGAGAGGUGUAAUUAGAGAGAUAUUGUAGAGAAGAAAUUGGUGUAUUUUGAUGUAUGCAUUCCAUAUCUGUUUAACAUGUAUCUUCACUCGAUGAAAUCUACAAUUGUACUUCAGGUGUUCCCUAGUUAUAGUUGCAUAUUUUGCUAAAGUCAUGUAAUCGUAAAGGGAGACCUGGAAUUGUUAUUUUGCUAGUAGUAGCUGUAGGUGUUGGAUAUGGUAUUCUGAUAACGAAUUAACCAUACACAACUUAUUUGACAAUAUUAACUUGUGGCAGCUUAAUUGUAAAUUUCAGCUCAAGGUUGAUGA